AUUUGGGAAGGAUGGGAAGAAAGAAAGUAGGGUGAUUUGAGAGAUGACAUCAUUCCUCAUUUGAAUAAAUCUCAGCCGGGGUAGUGAUUGGUUGUGAGCUGGAGAAAGUCGAGUUACUUGGCUAUUCAUCCCUUUCAAUUUCACCCCCGCGCGCAAUGCCGUGGUAAAACCCUCUCCGCCUGUCCAUCCGUCCCGGCCAGUAGAGAUUGUCUGCGUGGACUGCAAAUCGCUUUUCCUUUCUUUGGAAGGGACGUGCAUCACUUCUGAAAUCGGCGGUCGACAGAAGUUUCUUGGUAAUCUGGCUGCUGUACUUUGGCCUGUUUUUCAUCUCGUUCGGUUUCAUUUUCCAAUUUGUUACACUUUGUAUUCGAGGAUUCUGAAAGGAGUCGGAGGAUAUUGUCAAACACUGGGCGUAGCUGGAGAUCAAGCUAUAGCUAGCAACACUGCGUUGGCUGCAGCCCACAUCCUCUAGCCGUUUAGCAGCCGACAGCUUCUGAUAUCCCACUCCAAUGAACAAAGUAUAUCUAACACACUACCAUCUGUGGAGAAUCAGCUUGAGAUGUUUUACACAGACUCCACCAUCACCUGAGUGCAGUCACCAUCUUCAGUCUCAAGCUCUCCAGCCCUCCUCUGCAGAGACGGACAGCCAGGACUGAGGGGAGAUGAAACCGGAUGGGGUUGCCACAGCAGCGAUGGAGCCAAUGGAAGCACUGGACGCCGAUCAGGUAAACGAGCCAGUUGCGAUGGGAGAGGAGCCUAACCAGGCUGCGCCGGCACCUCAGCCAGAGGGAAUUAGUCAGCAGGGAGAGAUGGGGCAGGGCGAGCCUCAUCCAGAGCCAGCCCAGGUGGCCCCCACCAAGACGGGGAACAGCAAGGCUGCAGCAGACCCAAAAGCCAAGACCAAGGCCCCCGCUGCUAAGACAAAGCCUGGGACCACCACCACAAUUAAGCCCACGACCGGACCAGGGUCUCGACCCAACACCGCCCAGAGCCGACUGACCAAUGGGGUUUCCAAGCCACAUGCCAACGGAGUGGCCAAGAAGACCACCACUGGUGCCCAAGAGAAGACCACGCCCAAGAGGCCCGUAGGCACAGCCGUUGCUCCUACCACUAAGACCACCGCCAAGGUUGGUGAGAAAAAGCCAGCGGGCACCACCCGCCCUACCUCGGCUCCUGCUGCCACCAACGGGGUGAAGGCCACCACAGGAACAGCAGCAAAGAAGAUACCUGCGGCGCCAACUAAUGGUGUCAAAGCCACCACCACCGCUGCUAAGAAGCCCACAGCUCCCCGGCCUGUCUCUGCAGCUACCACCAAGCCCAGCACUGCCGCCGCCCCCAAGCCUGAUAGGCCUCCUGUUUCCAAGACAACCAGGCCUACCACUGCUGCUCCAGGAUCUCGCCCUGCCUCUGCUGCAGCCAGGCCAGCCACAGCCAGCACAGCCAAGAGCUCCACAUCCACAGCCAAGCCUGGCACCCCCACGGCUAAAACCACCUCCACCACUCCCAGACCAGCUUCUGCCAAAGCCGUCUCUACAACACCCUCAGCUGGACGGACCCCGACAUCACAGCCCUCAAAAACUCCCAUCAAGAAAGAUGUUACCAAAUCAGCCACCAAGAAGCCUGCAGCGGCUCCUCUCACUCGUACCUCACCAGCCAAGACCACCAAACCUGAGACUCCCAAAUCAGCCUCCGCAUCCAAGCCAGACUCCACCCCCAAGAAGCUGGCUGCCAGCAGCAAAGCCGCAGACACCAAGAAGACUCCAAGCAAGCCCACGCCUUCAAAGGAUGUCAGUGCUGGCCCCAAGACUCCUAGUACCAAGCCAGCAGGGAAGGCUUCCACCCCUAAGAAGACUGUGGGCAGCAACACCCCCAUGGCAGUAAAGCGUGGCCCCAAACCCACAACGGCGGCAGAGCCUGCGACUGAAACUGGUGAGACCCAGGACGCCGCUGUUGCUGCUGCCAUAGCUGCAGCUUCCUCGGCUGCUUUAUUCUCCAUGGCAACCUCGGAAGAAGCAGUGGUGGCUGCAGUCCCAGAGGAGAAGGAGACUGUGCCCCCUCAGGCCAGCCAGCCAAAGGAGACCCCAGAGGCUUUUAUCUCUCAGCUGUCAGCUCAGCUGGACCUGGUCCCCCUGGAAGAGCCAGCAGACACAGUGUCUCCCCUGGGCACCACGGUCAUGUCUCCUCCAUGCUCCCCCACCGGGCCCAUCUCCCCGGUCAGGGAGCCUCAGAAUGCCUCUGCUCUGCUGGACAUGCACGUCCAGCCAGAACCCAGGUCCCAGAGCCAGUCUGCCAUGUCUCCACAGAGCCCGGUCCAGGAGGAGGUGAUUUUCCAGCCAGACUCCUGCGCCCAGAACCAGUCUGCCAUGUCUCCACAGAGCCCGGUCCAGGAGGAGGUGAAGGUCCAGCCAGACUCCUCGGCCCAGAACCAGUCUGCCAUGUCUCCACAGAGCCCAGUCCAGGAGGAGGUGAAGGUCCAGCCAGACACCUGGGCCCAGAACCAGUCUGCCAUGUCUCCACAGAGCCCAUUCCAGGAGGAGGUGAUUUUCCAGCCAGACUCCUGGGCCCAGAACCAGUCUGCCACGUCUCCACAGAGCCCGGUCCAGGAGGAGGUGAUUUUCCAGCCAGACUCCUGCGCCCAGAACCAGUCUGCCAUGUCUCCACAGAGCCCGGUCCAGGAGGAGGUGAAGGUCCAGCCAGACUCCUCGGCCCAGAACCAGUCUGCCAUGUCUCCACAGAGCCCAGUCCAGGAGGAGGUGAAGGUCCAGCCAGACACCUGGGCCCAGAACCAGUCUGCCAUGUCUCCACAGAGCCCAUUCCAGGAGGAGGUGAAGGUCCAACCAGACUCCUGGGCCCAGAACCAGUCUGCCAUGUCUCCACAGAGCCCUGUCCAGGAGGAGGUGAAGGUCCAGCCAGACUCCUGGGCCCAGAACCAGUCUGCCAUGUCUCCACAGAGCCCUGUCCAGGAGGAGGUGAAGGUCCAGCCAGACUCCUGGGCCCAGAACCAGUCUGCCAUGUCUCCACAGAGCCCUGUCCAGGAGGAGGUGAAGGUCCAGCCAGACUCCUGGGCCCAGAACCAGUCUGCCAUGUCUCCACAGAGCCCGGUCCAGGAGGAGGUGAAGGUCCAGCCAGACUCCUGGGCCCAGAACCAGUCUGCCAUGUCUCCACAGAGCCUGGUCCAGGAGGAGGUGAAGGUCCAGCCAGAUGAGCAGCAGGAGGACCUCCUCAUGCCCUCCUCUUCAGCCCCUCCUGCGUUCAGCAUGAUGUCUCAGCCCAUGGAUGAGUUCACCACAGGGGUCCUGGUCUCUCCCUCUCAGGACCAGGAGGAGGCAGUGGAGAAGGCAGAUGAGGAGAUCAACGAAGAUGAUGACAAUGAUGACAAUGAGGAUGAGGAGAGGACGGUGGGCAAUCCGACAUCACUGUUUGAGGAGGCCAAGCCUGCAGGCUUCGGUGGUGCCACCAGUUGGCAUGGGGAUGACCUCUUGUCAGGGAUGGACUCUGAGGAUGUGAGCAGUAUGAGCAGCCGCCUGCAGGGGUCGUCAGAGAUUAGCAGCACCCAGCACACGGGCCUGCUACAGGGUACCCAGAGCUCCGACGCCCUGGUAGACUCCAGCCUCAAGGGCUCCGAGGGAGAAGGGGCCUUCAUGUGCUCCCCCGAUGUGGAGACCCUGGCCAACGAGGAGGAAGAUAAGGAAGAGGACAGGAAAGUGUGCAAGCCGACAUCACUAUUUGACAUGAGUAGCUCUCAGCCCUCUGAGGAGGCAAAGCCUGCAGGCUUCGGUGGUGCCACCAGUUGGCAUGGGGAUGACCUCUUGUCAGGGAUGGACUCUGAGGAUGUGAGCAGUAUGAGCAGCCGCCUGCAGGGGUCGUCAGAUAUUAGCAGCACCCAGCACACGAGCCUGCUGCAGGGUACCCAGAGCUCCGACGCCCUGGUAGACUCCAGCCUCAAGGGCUCCGAAGGAGAAGGGACCUUCAUGUGCUCCCUCGAUGUGGAGACCCUGGCCAUCGAGGAGGAGGAAGAUGAAGAUGAGGAAGAGGAUAGGAAAGUGUGCAAGCCGACAUCACUGUUUGACAUGAGUAGCUCUCAGCCCUCUGAGGAGGCCAAGCCUGCAGGCUUCGGUGGUGCCACCAGUUGGCAUGGGGAUGACCUCUUGUCAGGGAUGGACUCUGAGGAUGUGAGCAGUAUGAGCAGCCGCCUGCAGGGGUCGUCAGAGAUUAGCAGCACCCAACACACGGGCCUGCUACAGGGUACCCAGAGCUCUGACGCCCUGGUAGACUCCAGUCUCAAGGGCUCAGAGGGAGAAGGGGCCUUCAUGUGCUCCCCCGAUGUGGAGACCCUGGCCAUCGAGGAGGAGCGAGUUGAUGUUGAUGAUAUGGACUUGAGCUCAGAGCGGGCAGUGGACCACCGGAAGGUGUGUCAGCAGGAGGAUGAGGAGGAGGAGGAUGAUGAAGAUGUGGAGAUGCCCAGCGAAGGGGUGACGGAGAGUGGACUGGAGAGCUGUGGGAACGCAGACGAGGACGACUACACAGAGGAGGACCGCUUGGAUAACCUCAGCCGUUCUCCCAUCCCACCUUCCUCAGCCUGGGGUCAGACAAACCCCUUCACUGACCCCUGGGCCCAGCCCCACCUCUCCUCCCCCCACACCGCCUCCAGCCCCCUGUCUGACCACGGGGCUGACGGCCCUGAGACGUCCACCCAGUCCUCUGCCCAGGCCUGGUUGGAUCUCAGUGCCCCCUCUCUGAUGCUCCAGUCAGAGCAGCCCUCAGAGCCCCAGUCUGCCCCUGAGGAGAUGGAGAGCUCCGCCCCAGUGGAGGCCUCUGCUCCCCCAGGGCCCCAUGCUGUGGGCAUGUCUCAGUCCAGCACCCUGAGUGGCACGGCCCUGGCCGUCCACAGCAGCAGUGAAACCAGCACUCCCGAGGAGCUCCGUGACUAUGACAGCAGCUCCGGGGUGGAGUCACGCUCUGACAAGCAGCAGACUCCUGUGCCAUCCAAUGUGCAGCCUGACCUGGAGCAGGACUUGGGCAUCCAUCUGGAGCGAGGUGACGAGGAGGAGGAGGCUGAGACGCUCCCUGCUGACGAGGUCCUGGGAGCAGGCCCUCCUACUGCCCCCGCCUCUGCCCCCUCCUCCCCCUCCACCUCGGGAGACGAGGCCAGCGACAUGGAGGGUGAGAUGCAGAUCAACGACCCAGAUGUCCCCGUCACCAUGGAUGACCGUGCUGAGUUCGACAGCCCACCGUCCGCCUGUAUCCUGCCUGCCCUGGAAGAGGAGGUGGUGGAGGUGCUGGCCGGAGAAGGAGAGGAGGACGGGGGUGGCGGCACGCCCCAGUCUGCCAACUCAGUGGCGUCUUACGGCUUUGACUGCACCAUGUCCAACUCCAACGCCCACUCCACUGCCGAGAGCUGCGGUAAGAGCCCCGGCAUCUUCUCCCUAGAGAACGAGGACCAGUUGCCCGAGGAGGCCAAGGACCCCUCCCUCAUCAAGGAGCUGACCCUGCCUGCAGCGGCCGCCCAGUCAGAGGAACUGCUGGGAGGCCCUGUAGACCUGCUGCCCCUGGGCCAGCCUGGGGACCAGCACCACUACAUGCUGGGGGGGAAGAUGGAUGCUGACGACCUGGAGGCCAACAACCUGGAGGACACCCUCCGCCUGGGGCCCCAGCAUGCCGGGGAGGCCAGCGAGGGCCAGCCACCCUACUACUCUGCUAUAUGCGAUAAGACUGAUAGCUUUCUGGCAGGUAACGUAUAAGUCCCUACCCCUGGAAUGCACCUUCUCCCUCGCACCCCUCCCCCCUUGUUGUUCUUAGUUUUUCUCUCGAGGUGGUUUAGAUGGUUUAGAAAAACAAGCAAAUGAUGGUAGGAAACAAAAAAAAGCAAGGGGAACGAAAAAGACUGUAGAUCAGUGAAGCCUCCCUCUUUCAUACUACUAUUAUGGUUAUGAAUGUAUGGCACUACUUUAUGUACAAUAGCUACUAGCUACCAUUUUCUAUUAGAAUGUUCUUUUUAAGUAACACUGCGUAACCCCUGAGGGGGGUAUUGACUGACUGGUCCGUUGGGACAAAGCUCUUAAAAGAAAAGGAGUAAAAGGAGAAUGGACUCGACCUACAUGUGUAUUUAUCCUACUGUUUUUACCAAACAAAUGUCAAUUAUUAUUUUUUUGUACUUGUUUUGUUGGAACCCGGUCCUCCCUCCCCUAUGUACACGCUCCAUUUGAUCCUGCACCGUAGAGAUAACCUACUCUCUUUUUCUACAAGUUUGUCGUUUUGCUUUCAACACCAUUUUAGUAUCGAAUAAAGGCUAGAUAUUUAACAUGGCUUUCCUCCCCUUACAGUUUUCUUAAGGCCCGUAUGAGAGUGUUCGAUUUGAAGUUUGUCUAGUUUUAAUUUGUGCUACAGGAAGUUUGCCUCUCCCUGCAUAGAUUAUCGUGGCAAGUAACGUUGUCAUGUACAGUGUGUUUUGAGGCAUCUGUUUUAAGUGGUCAUGCUUCAUGCCUCUCUUAGUUGAUCAUUUGUGCUUCAGAACCAACUAACAACUAUUUGUGGGAAAAAAACCUGCAUUCCUCUGCAUUUAGAAUGACGCUCACUGAAAACGCUUUUCUCACUGAAACGCUUUUAGUGAUAUUGGAUAUUUCAACUUGCAUGUACUAACAUUGAAAUUGUAUCUGAUUAAACCAUUAUACACUAGGGAUGUUCAUAAAUGAAUGGUUCACGCUAAGUAGGUUUUUCAAAAUUCCAUUAAACAUCAUUGCAAGGCA